GCGCCAUUUCUGCAUUGUAGCAAAUCACUCCUUUAACCACACUCGAAACCUGUGCAGCGCUGAUACAAUACUCCAACUGACGACACUCCCUCAACCAAUCAUGGCGACCAAAUACACCUAACAUUGAUCGCUCCUAACCUCGCUUGAUGUCCCGGACCUAAAACACAAACGCAACGAUGUCAUUACCCAGGCUGGCUGCCUCGUCAAUCUUCCAUUCUCUAGUGGGCGCCAAUUCUUUUCUUCUCGGACAAGCGGCCUGGCACUACCGACCAUCGGUGCUCCGCGGUCUGACGGAGUCUGAGCUGCGUCGCCAACAGUCUCGACACGAGCAUACAUCUACCAGAUCUUAUUCCCAUUCGUCACCGUCUGAAUCUCCUUCCUCCGUAGGAAAACCACACGGAAGCUCAACUUGGCAUGAGAAACGCACCUCCGUAAAUUCCGCUUCGUCGCAGUCCACAGAAUCUAAAGCAUCCCCGAGCGACGAUGUUGCUCAACACUCUUUACCUGUAGAUUGGGAAGAUGACACAGAUUACAAUAUUAGCAGUUUCAAAGAUCUGCCUCAUCGAUUCUUCGGUCACAACCAACACAUACGGAUAAACGAGGAUUUCAAAGAGUCGUUGAGACAAGUUCUCUGGCAAUUCAAGGCACCCAUUCGCUACGCCUUCGCCUAUGGCUCUGGAGUGUUUGGGCAGAAGUCUUCGGGCGGCAACACUGCUGAUGCGUUGAGUCCCCAUCCAAACCCCCCUAAAGCUGUUCAAGAAUGGCAGAAAGGAGGAGCCAAGGUCAUCGACUUCGUUUUCGGAGUGAGCCACACCCAACACUGGCAUAGUCUGAAUUUAGCCCAACACCCAGACCAUUACUCUGGUUUGAAGUGGUUGCCCAACAGUUCAGCAAUAGUGUCGCACAUGCAGGAUGACUGGGGAGCUGGCCUGUACUACAACCCUUACAUCACCGUAAACGGCAUCAUGAUCAAAUAUGGUGUUGUGAACCUGGACACCUUAGCCCGCGAUUUGAGUGAAUGGGAUACCCUGUACCUUGCUGGACGUCUGCAGAAGCCCGUCAAGAUUUUGAGGGACGAUCCUCGAAUUCGACUAGCAAAUCAGGUCAAUUUGAUCUCAGCCCUCCGGACUGCGCUUCUCAUGCUUCCAGAGUACUUCACAGAGCGGCAAUUGUACGAGCGUAUCGCCGGUCUUUCAUACCUUGGAGAUCCUAGAAUGAGCUCUCUACUCGCGUCUGAGAGCCCGAACAAGGUUUCGAAUAUCGUCGGGGCGCAGCUUCCAGGCUUUCGUCAGCUUUACGUCCCACUAAUCGACAACAUGCCCAACAUCAGCUUCAACGAUUCCCGCACUCCUGAUUAUCAUUCGUGGGAGAAAGAGGACGCCAUUAGGCACACUGGCACCAAUCACAAACUAGACAAUGUUCUUGGUGGAGAGGAAGGUUUAAAGCUCAGUCAAGACAUGGAUCCGAUCAAGCGUGGUAACAUGGUGAGACGCUUGCCGAAGGCCUUCAGACGAAAGCUUUACUACCAAUACAAGCAAAAAUUCCAAAUCCCAGGAAGCGCAUUUUCCGACAUUUUGCAGGAGUCGCAGGACGACGAUCCCACAGGUUUCGGGCGGCGUGAGGGCGGCGACUUCGAGCGACGAAUUGCCCAGGACGACAAUCUGCCGCACGAGAUGGCCCGAGGGGUACGAUCAACGGUCUCAUGGCCUGCGUCGAUGCAGACUAUCAAGGGUGUUUUCACAUCAGGAGUGGGCAGGUCCUGGAAAUAUGUGCAGGAGAAACGGUCGAAAGGUCGGGCAAAGCCGUCCAACGCUGAUGACGGUCGAGCAGGGAUGGAAAGUGAAGCCUCGAAGAAGGCUGAGUAG